AUGCCAUAUACAAAAGAUUCUGAGUUCACAAUAUAUCGUAUAAAAUUAGACAAAUCAAAAAGCAAGCAAGAUGAAACAACCAUUGUAGAUUUAUUAAAAAAUCGUUUGAAAACUGACAAUGAUGGUGUAUACAACAUCAAUUUGGAAGUUGAUACAACUCAAAAGCCUUUUUCAGAUUGGACAUUUUCUUUAAUGGCUGAACUUUUUGAAAGAAAACCAAUUAAAUCCAAUAGUGAUGAAGAGAAAGCAUUUGAAUACCUAUUUGAAGAACUGAAGGUUCGAACAAAAGUAAUUAAAUUGACAAGUGGCUCAUCUGAAAAGGCAUGUUCACAUAUAAUAUUUUCAUUUUUGGCUGUUGCUUCAUCUUUAUAUAAUGGGGAUUUUGAAAUCAAAUGUGAGUAUAGGAUUGAGGGUACUCAUGGUAGAGGUCCAUUAGAUUUUGCCAUUCUUUAUUUAGAUGAGAUGAUUGCUGGAGUUUCUGAAUCAAAAAAAAGUGAUAUAGAAAAAGGAGUUGGUCAAAAUGCUGUUCAAUUACAGGCUUCAAUAGAGACAAAUCUUCAACAAUUUAAAAGACAAGAAUCAACAAAUCAUACAGAUGGUGGUACUCCAAAAACCAUUUUUGGUAUUGUUAGCAAUGCUGAGAAAUGGCGUACCUUAAAAUUGGUCUUUGAUAGUAAAAAAGAAAAUCCUGAGAUAGCUAUUUCAAAUGAGGAAAUUCCAUUUGAGUUACCCUUUCAAAUGUAUCUUGGAUAUGAAAAACAUAACAAAAAAUUCAAGAUUGAAUGA